AUGUGUCGGGUAGCGGAGCGUUCAGGAGCCGGAAUGAUGGAGAUUGUGGAUCUCCUAAGAUGGCGGCCGCAGGUCUCGCGAGAUCCAAGAUGGCCGCCGGAAAGACGGGAAAAAAGGCUUCCCGCCGUGCCGGCUAUUGUGAGUGCGGCUGUGAAGCCGCGAGGGAGAGAACAGAUGGGGGAGUGCGAUUGUUACCCUCAGAGGUAUGAGAAAAAACGAGGCAAGCAAAAAAACGAUCCGUCGGUGAAAAGACCGACGGAUCGAAAUGGUGACAGAACAAAAUUAAGAGAAUGAAAAGGCGAAAUAAAAAAAACCCUCAAGAGAAGGGGUAGCUAAGGGAGCAGGGAAGAGAGUCUCUGAAGAAAGGUAUAUUAAAGUGGGAAGAGUCCCUAAGAUGACUAGAGAGAACACAGUAUGUGAGUAUAGGAGGAGUAUACACACAGUAUAUAACUAUAUGAAAAGAAGUAUACAUAAAUCAGUAUAACCAGCAUACACACAGUAUAUAACUAUAUAAAAAGUAUACACAAAUCAAUAUAAACAGUAAUAUAAAGGAAAAGCUAAAAACUCUAACCUGUCUGCUGAUGGAGCAGUAAAGAAAGAGGGGGAGGAGCCUCAUCACUGGGAAUACUAUACUUCCUAUUGCAUUUUGAUUGGUUAAUGUUUUCACUUUUCUUUACUGCUAUGUUGAGUUAGUAAAGAGAGUUUAAUGCAAAAUAAGAAGCCUCCUGUCAUGUGGUAAAAUUGAAAUUUCCUUUACAAUUUUUAUAAUUCUUUCUCUAGUGAAUAAACCCCAUGGACUCAAACUGGCUGUUUGA